AUGUCAACGAAUACAUUAAAUGAAAAUUUUCACAAAUUUCUUAAAACUAUUUAUGAUUGGCCGGAGUCAACAAUAAACAAAAAUGUUCUUAUUCAAAUGCUUGAAAAAUUAUGUCAUGAAAACUCUGAUUUAGAACAUAUUUACCAAGAAGUAUUAGCACCACAACUAGAUCAGCAAUCUUCAAAUCAUAAUAUCGAUGGAAAUUCUCUAGUACAACCAACAGAAAUGCAUACUAAACAACCAGCUGUUCAAAAUGUUGUUAAACCAUCGAAUUUUAGCAAUUGUCAAUCAACAAUAAAUGAAGAUUCUCAUGUUGAAAAAGUAUCAAACCCUUUACUAAAUAUUCUUCCAAGUAAUAAAUUAGUUAAGGAAGGAAAUUUAACUGUUAGAAAAGGUUCUACAAUUUUAUCACCUUUAUUAAAAAAACAUGGAUCAAAAACAAUUGUUUAUUGUGAAUUAUCAUACGAAUAUUGUCAUAAUGAAAAAAUUGUUUAUCUAGUUGUUUAUGAAAAUCGAAAAAGUCGAAAAUUUUUAUAUAAAUUUAUCAUAGAUCUUAAUUGUACAUUUGUUUAUGAAAAUAAAAGAGAUUUUCAAUAUAAACAUGACUCAGGAAUUGAAAAAUUUACAACUGAAACAGGUACUGCAGAUACAUGGAUUUCAUCUUUACGUGAAACUUUAUCCCGAGAAAAUGCCAAUGAAAUUUAUGAAAAUCCUGACGAAAUUACUAUUACAUCGGUAAAACCAUCUUGUUCUGAACCAAUACUUGAUAUUCCUAAACGACCGCCACCUCGACCAAUAAAUUCGAUUUCACCUGAAAAUAUCUAUGUUUGUCUGUAUGGUCAUUGUCGAACAACUAAUGACUCUUAUGAACUUGAAUUUAAUUGUGGUGAUCUUUUAUAUAUAAUCAAUAAAGAUGGACCAACAUUUUAUAUUGGUCAUCAAUUAAAACUUCCAUUAAAUAAUUAUGAACAAUCACCAAUAGGUCUUGUUUAUAAAAAUUAUAUCAGACCAGCAUAUGAAAAAGUUCAAUAA